GACGGCCGACAGAGAGACACCUUUCCCUCCUCCCCUCACAAACAAAGACAAGAUGGUUCGCCGCGGCAUGUCGCUGGAGCAGAAGCGCCAGAUCCUGCUCAACAUGUUCCUCUCCUCAAACACCUUUUUCAACUUGAAGGAGAUGGAGAAGAAGGGGGCGAAGCUUGGCUUGCCGGUGAUGUCGAUCAAAGAUGUGGCGCAGACGCUCGUCGACGACAACCUGCUCUGCCUCGACAGGAUCGGCUCGUCCAACUACUACUGGGCGUUUGCGUCGCAGGUGGGCUGCCGCAAGCGGCAGCGCGAGAACGACCUCAUCAACGAGCGCGAGGAGAAGAUCAAGCGUAAGAAGAUGCUCGAGGACGAGCAGGAGAAGCUCGAGGAUGCCCGCGAGGAGUCGGACGAGCGGACCGAGGCGCUGGCCGAGGUCGAGGAGCUCAAGGCCAAGCUUGUGGAGCUCGACCGCAAGUUGGUGCAGUACGCCGACUCGAACCCCGAGGUGGUGGCCAAGAUUCGCGCCGAUGCCGCGCUCGCUCGUGAGGCUGCCAACCGCUGGACCGACAACGUCUUCCAGGUCCGCACCUACUGCCGCAAGACGUACAACAUGGAGCCGAAGCAGUUUGAUCAGUACUUUGGCAUCGACGCCACCUUUGACUACCUAGAGUGAGCGUGAGCCGCCAGCUGAGAGGCAGACCUUAACACUGUUGCAACCCCCGCGGACCGCGUCAUUGCUUCUUGGAUCGCUGCAGUGCGUUCUGGACGGCCGGCGCG